ACCAGAGAUUUACUGCGCUGGUUGAUGCUGGUUGAGCCUUCUGAAUCUUCUGGGUUCCUGUUUUCAUUCAUUGAGUUUGGUGGACUUUUAUGCAACUUUCCCAUCCAAUAUGAAAUGUUCCUACUGGCUUUCAGGACUAUGGAAUUUGGAGGUGUUGUGGCCACGCCCCAGCAGAGAUGUUGCUGAAGUGCUGCUGAAAGGGCCAGAGAUGCAAGGAUUUGGGACACACUUUGCCCCUCUAAGCUCUCUGACAUUGACCUUCUUUCAUUAUUAACAAAGAAGAAGCAGGAGCUUAGGACCCAUUAACAACAGCUCAUUAAUGUACUAACUGGACAAUGUUCUGCAAACAACUCUACACUGUAAAGAACUGGAUUGGCACAAAAUAAAAUCAUUUCAAAUUUCACUCAGCUUAUAAUAUGACUCAAUGGAGGAAAAUUUGAUAAGCAUGAGGGAAGACCAUUCUUUUCAUGUCCGUUACAGAAUGGAAGCAUCCUGCCUAGAGUUGGCCUUGGAAGGGGAACGUCUGUGUAAGUCUGGGGACUGCCGAGCUGGUGUGUCCUUCUUUGAAGCUGCAGUUCAAGUUGGGACCGAAGACCUGAAAACACUUAGUGCUAUUUACAGCCAGCUGGGCAACGCUUAUUUCUAUUUGCAUGAUUAUGCCAAAGCAUUAGAAUAUCAUCAUCAUGAUUUAACUCUUGCAAGGACUAUUGGAGACCAGGUGGGGGAAGCCAAAGCUAGUGGUAAUCUGGGAAACACCCUAAAAGUCCUUGGGAAUUUUGAUGAAGCUGUGGUCUGUUGUCAGCGACACCUAGAUAUUUCCAGAGAGCUUAAUGACAAGGUGGGAGAAGCCAGAGCACUGUACAACCUUGGAAAUGUGUAUCACGCCAAAGGGAAAAGUUUCAGCUGUCCCGGCCCUCAUGAUGUGGAGGAGUUUCCUGAAGAAGUGAGGAGUGCUCUGCAGGCAGCUGUGGACUAUUAUGAGGAAAACCUCUCCCUCGUGACUGCACUGGGGGACCGAGCGGCCCAGGGACGUGCCUUUGGGAACCUGGGGAACACACAUUAUCUCCUGGGCAACUUCAGGGAUGCAGUCAUAGCUCACGAGCAGCGCCUCCUUAUUGCAAAAGAAUUUGGAGAUAAAGCAGCUGAAAGAAGAGCAUAUAGCAACCUUGGAAAUGCGUAUAUAUUUCUUGGAGAAUUUGAAACUGCCUCCGAAUACUACAAGAAGACGCUGCUAUUGGCGCGACAUCUCAAAGACAGGGCCGUGGAAGCUCAGUCUUGCUACAGCCUUGGGAACACAUACACAUUACUGCAAGAUUAUGACAAGGCCAUUGAUUAUCAUCUGAAGCACUUAGCAAUUGCUCAGGAGUUAAAUGAUAGAAUUGGUGAAGGUCGAGCAUGCUGGAGCUUAGGAAACGCAUACACAGCUCUGGGAAAUCAUGAUCGAGCAAUGCAUUUUGCAGAGAAGCACUUGGAAAUUUCGAGAGAGGUGGGGGACAGGAGUGGGGAGCUGACCGCACGCCUCAACCUCUCAGACCUGCAGAUGGUCCUUGGUUUGAGUUACAGCACCAAUAACUCAGUCCUAUCUGAGAACAUCGAAGCUGAUAGCAGUUUACAUGGUGCACGUCCCAAGUUUGGACGCCGACACAGCAUGGAAAACAUGGAACUUAUGAAGCUGACACCGGAAAAGGUACAGAACUGGAAUAGUGAAAUUCUUGCUAAACAAAAACCUCUUAUUGCCAAGCCUUCUGCAAAGCUACUGUUUGUUAACAGAUUGAAGGGGAAAAAAUACAAAACUAAUUCCUCAGCUAAAGUUCUCCAAGAUGCCAGUAAUUCCAUUGACCACCGAAAUCCAAAUCCUCAAAGGAAAAUCAGUGCAGAUACCAUUGGAGAUGAAGGAUUCUUUGACCUGUUGAGCCGAUUUCAAAGCAAUCGGAUGGAUGAUCAGAGGUGCUGCUUGCAGGAGAAGAACCAUGGAAGAGCAUCAACUGCAGCUUCUUCCACUCCCCACAAAAUGAUACAGAAAACACCAUCUGUUUCCGUGGCAUCCCCCAACACAGAUGAGUUUUUAGAUCUUCUUGCGAGUUCCCAGAGCCGCCGCCUUGAUGACCAAAGGGCCAGUGUCAGUGACCUGCCGGGCCUGCAUCUGACACAGGCCAACAGUCAGUCAGUUCUGGGCCACCUAAUGACGAAUGACAACAAAGAACCUGAUGAAGACUUCUUUGACAUCCUUGUAAAAUGCCAGGGUUCCAGGUUAGAUGAUCAAAGAUGUGCUCCACCACCCACUACCACGAAAGGACAAACAGUGCCGGAUGAGGACUUUUUUAGCCUUAUUCUACGGUCUCAGGCGAAAAGGAUGGAUGAGCAGAGAGUUCUUAUACAAAGAGAUCAAAAGAGAGACGCUGAAGUCGGGGUAAAGGACCUCCUGCAACGAAAUAAUGCUUUGUUGGAAUUUAAAAAUUCUGAAAAAAAUUAAUCAAACUACUUACUAUAUUUUUUUAAAAAGCGUCUUCCUUCCUGAACACUGCAGGGAAAUUCAACUGAUUAUAUUUUCCUCAAGAGGAGAAAUUAUAGCACUGUAACACAGCAGCUUGAAAUGCUUUCAGAAUGAUGUGAAUACUUAGCCUUGCCUAGUACAGGAUUCCGUGGCAUUCACUCCAGUGGGGGAGGUGUCCCAGGGGUGCGUCAGCUACUGUGGUCACUGCUUGGGAGCACGUGCUCCAGGAACUUGUCAGGACUCUAGUAGUACCUUAAACGAAUCCUAAAAUAUAUUGUCUUAUGGAGAAUUUUGUUUUUUAAAUCUUCAUCCAAAAUGGAAAUUUUUAUACUUUUCAUGUAGCAAGAAAUGACGUUGUUUAGUAAAAUAAUGUACUUGACAAGAUGUAAAAAAGUUACCCAAGAGUAGCUUAUAAAACCUAAUAUUUUUUUCCCUUGAGAAAAAUUUUUACUAAUAUCUUUAGGCCAAAGGCAUUAUAAAAAAUCGUUCUUAAAUUUCUUUUGGCAUGUGUUGGGUCUUUUAAUUAAAAAGAUGGUGUAAAAUAGUA